AUGCCGCCUUCCGAAAUGACUUUUCAGAUUCUGCUUCUGAGUCUGUUCUGUGUUGUGCCUGGAGAAGCAAGUGUGGUUACGCAGACUAGCUACCAGAAAGCGAAGAUUGGUGACAAGGUGACUCUGAGCUGUGUCCUGAGAGAGCCCAAGGAGGUUCUGCAAGUGACAUGGCAAAAGAACUUGGAAAAAUUCCCUAUGAAUAUAGCUACGUACAGCAACAUAAUAGGACUAAAGAUUCACGAGAGUUUUCAGAACCGAAUAAAUUUCACAAGUCUGCUUCUCAAUGAGACAAGCAUCACUUUCUGGGAUGCGAGACUAGAUGAUACGGGAUGUUACACGUGCCUCUUCAAUGUUUUUGCCCACGGCUCCCUCUCGGGAAAUACCUGCCUGCAUGUCUUCGGUCUCAAUGCAUCUGUCCAUUAUAACAUUUCCGAUGGGCAUUUGACAGCCAUCUGUGAGGCUGUUGGCCUCCCAGAGCCUACCAUCAGCUGGAACGACUUGUUCAGUUCUACCCCAACACAGAAGGAGGUCAGGCACAGCAAUGGGGUCGUGUCCAUCACCAGUACACUGGAGAUCUAUGACGUGCACAGCCUCAGGGAGCAAGAGUUGACCUGCAAAGUAAGCAACAAGAAUGAAGAAUUGGAAUUGCCCCUGAAAAUAAAAAAGGAGGAGGCAUUCUCAUUCCUUUGGCUGAUCAUUUUGGGGAUUUUACUUUUAUGCGGCCUGACUGUGACUGCGGUGUGCUGGAGGAAGAGGACAUGCAAGAGGAGUUGA